UUUAACACUCCAAGUAUGGAAUUGUGGCAAGAAAAGGUGAAACAAGCAAACACUUGGUGCUACAGACUAACUCACGAUAUUAGCCCAGAGUAUUGUCCAGAUGACAAUGAAGAUUUUAACAUUCAUCACCCGCCAUUCAGUCCAGCUUACAUCAACAACCAAUCAGCUCUCACCGUUCGCCCUACCACAGGAUUCCAAAGGGGGAUAACCCCUUCUACCAAAGAUGUCAAUAAACGGUUCUUUAGUUCUGAUAUUGAGGACAAUAAUAAUGAGGACAAUGAGUAUAUAAAUCGAGAAGUUUGUGGCAGGCAGCCAGAUAUUAUAGAAACCCAUGUGUGCCGGCCAAACAACAAGCUUCUGAACUCAGAGACAAAUUAUUAUAACUACAAGAAUGAUCAAAUGGUGGACUUUCAGAACAGUAAUCAUGUUCAAGAGAUUAUUGAUACGUCUGGUGGGUCAUCUCGAAACAGCAGCCCUCCUCCAAUCAGAACACGGCUAGGACUCAAUGGCUUUAGAAAUGUUCGGCGUCCCCGAAAGCUUCCAGAAAUACCCAAGAAAUAUAUCAAAGCGCCUUCUCCCGAAACUCAGGUUUGUGCCAGCGAGACGUGCAAUGAAAAGUCAUUGGCUGAGGAGCUUGAGGAGGCUGUCCAAGGCAGCACGGAAACGGACGAGCAGACAGAGGGAGAAACUGGUGGGCCAGGGGAGGAGGAGCCCGAGGACGCAUACCACGCCCACCUGCAGCGGGCCUCUGAUCAUAUCCCACCCCUGUACAAGCCCAUUCCCAGGGCACGGGUGAGGAGGAAAACGAGGAAAUCACGCAGCCACAGAAACUCAGAGAGCCACCUGUUCUGUGAAUCCAACUACACUGCUGCAUCAAACUACCUUGGUGGUGCUAACCUACACGACACCUCUUACGACUCGGAUUGUUCUUUGCCAAGGGAGAAAACUGGUGUGCAGAGUUCUGGCAGCUCUGGGAGAAAAGAUAGUGGAGAAGAUGAGGGUAAAAAUUUGUCUUCCUGUACCAGCAUCCAUGCUGUUUACCUUGACUUAGAAGUCACUCACCGUGGCAUGCAUCGCUUUGUGCCGCGCCACUCUGAUGAGAUGGAGAUUGAGAUUGGGGAUCCCAUUCAUGUUAACAAGGAGGACGAUGACCUCUGGUGUGAAGGUGUCAAUCUAAGGUCUGGAAAGACAGGUAUAUUCCCUUCUAUGUACGCAACUAAUCUGGACUUCUUGGAGGAGGAUGAAGAUGAAGAGGAUGACCUUGUAAAAUUCACCUUGAGAUUCCUGGGUUCUGUAGAGGUCAGACAGCAUAAAGGAGAUGAUGUCCUUCGUCAGGCUAUUUCCAAGGUGGUGUUGAGCAGACGAGAAACCAUGAAGACAAACUGUCCCCCUAUGUGCACACUGGAAAUCAGUGAUUAUGGCAUCCUUAUGCUGGACAAGAGCAAAGAAGGGCAUGAAAGUGACAACCUCUUCACUCAUUUCUUUUCACUGAAGAACAUUUCUUAUUGUGGACAUCACCCAAAAAAUGACAGGUACUUUGCAUUUAUCACUAAGCAUCCAAAUGCAUACAAGUAUGCCUGUCAUGUAUUCCUGGGAGAGAGAGGGACUCGUAGUGUAAGCGAUGCUGUAGGGAGGGCCUUCAAGAGGUUUUAUCAGGAGUACAUGGCUUUUACCCAUCCAACUGAAGACAUCUACAUGGAAUGACUAGCAGUAUAACUCAGACAGACUCUCCAUGUGUCUGCUGAGCAUCAAUAGUGCAGAGAUCCCAGGGGAUAUAUACCUGGUCAGAAACAAGAAAACAGAACUGCUAAUCAUCAAAUUCCACAGCCUGUUGUAAUGGUAGAGGACUACCGUGGUACUAGUGACGAUAAUAUCUAUGUGUAUAAUGAUUUUCAUCCAAAAUAUCUCCCAGUGUAUAUUUACCAAACGGCCAAAUUAUCACGUCCUUACACUGGAUGUGUUAACUUCAUUUAGUGGAUAUAUGCAGAGCUUCAUCUUUACAUAGCAAGUGAAAAAAAAUCUGAAAAAAAUCUUUGUGUGCUGGUAGAAAUAAAAAAGCCUACUUGUACAAAUUUAUGUCAAGAAGAAUGUAUACAUACUGUAACAAGAUAAAUCAGAUUGUUUGAACUUGAUUUUUGUUGGAGAUAUGACAAGUACUUUAGAACAGUUGCUAUGCUUUCAUCUUUGCUUUACCAAAGUUAAACAUUUUGAGAAAAGAUGUAAAGAAAUGACAGAUUUAUUUUGCAGUCUAUGUAUUUGGUGCAGUUUAAAAAAGAAUGUGGGGGCCUCAGUGGCUCAGUUGGUUAUCACGCUAGCACAGCGUAAUGACCCAGAAGCCUCUUACCAAUGCAGUCGCUGUGAGUUUAAGUCCAGCUCGUUCUGGCUUCCUCUCUGGCCGUACCUGAGAAGGUCCGUCAGCAAUGUGCGGAUGGUUGUGGGUUUCCCCCGGGCUAUGCCCGGUUUCCUCCCACCAUAAUGCUGGCUGCUGUCAUAUAAGUGAAAUAUUAUUGAGUAUGGCAUAAAACACCAAUCAAAUAAACAAAUAAAUCAAAAAAAUGUGGAGACAGUUAUGGCUGACGAUUGUGUCCAGUGUCUUGCCUUUUGCUUUAAUGGUGUUAAGAAAACUUGUUUUUAUUGCCACAUAACUAGGCAUUGUAUGUUAUAUGUACAUGUAUGUAAGUGUUUUAGCAGCCCAUAGCAUACUGCUAUCCCAGUGAGCAGUAUGUAGCAAUGUGUGAAACGUUGCGUCGAAGACAGUAUUUUUGGCUCUUGACACCUUGCAUUAAUAAUUCAUAAUUACAUCUAUUUUUUCAUGAGAUUGUUUUAAAAUACAGGCAAAGAUAACAUUCGAAAAUCAGUUGCAGUUCAAAUGCAUGUUAGAUGUCCUAAUGAGAUAUCCUUCUACAAAUGAAGCUGUAAUGUGUCCUCUAGCUGCAGUAUGUACAGAGUUGUAUAGGCUGCUUUUUUUUUUUAACCUGGGACAAUUACAUGCAGUUAAAUGGUGUUUGAAUUUAUUCUUUGUGGAGUUUCUUUCUGUAAUAUCCUUGGUGUAUAUGAGCUGCGUGCACUUCUGCUGAUGAUGCUCAUAUGAAAGUCUCGGGCAACACGAUGUAAUCAUGUAUUCAUGAUGUAA